GUGGUUGAUCCAUGCUGUGGCGCUGGCAUGGUUUGAGCGCACGUAUAUGCACGUACGUACACGUACACCUACAUGACCUACGUACAUGUAUAUGUACCGCGCGGGCAACACCCUUGAUUUCAACAUCUCAAAACGCGAAUAGAAUGGCUUAUCCUGGGUACCCCGGUGCUCCUCAGCAGGAUCCUUUGUAUGGAUGGUUCCAAGCAGUGGCAGGACAGGAUGGGCAGAUUGAACCGGUAGAGUUACAACGGUGCCUGACAUCAUCUGGCAUAGCUGGAAGUUACCAACAGUUCAGCCUUGAGACAUGCCGUGUGAUGAUUGCCAUGCUUGACCGUGACUAUUCUGGUAAGAUGGGUUUCAAUGAAUUCAAGGAACUGUGGACUGUCAUCAACCAGUGGAAGCAGACAUUUGUUAACUUUGAUUCUGAUCGCUCAGGUACCAUCCAGGGUCAUGAACUGCAGAAUGCGAUUAGAAGCUUUGGGUACAAUCUUAGUCCUCAAGCUGUGGGCGUGCUUGUUAAACGCUAUGACAAGGGAGGCCACAUAACAUUUGAUGAUUUUGUGUCAUGUGCAGUGCGCUUGAGAGCUUUGACAGCUAUGUUUCAGAGUAGGGAUACCCAGAGAAAUGGUUGGGCCAAUUUCCAGUAUGAUGAUUUUAUCCGCUCUGUCAUGAGUAUUUGAAGGUCUAUACUAUACAUGUACUCUGAAGAAAGGACCCACGGCUGAUGUCUAGAUACUGUCAGAAUAGCAACAGAAUUGUAAGGUUUAUACAUCAUAUAACAUGUAUAAGAGGUUGUAUUAGUAAGGAAGAAAAAUAUAUCUGAAUCCAAGUUGUAUCAUUGUAGUGUUUAACACAAUAAAUGUUUUUCUGUAGUCACUUAAAGUUGCUUUUUAUCAGUGUUAUCAUCCCAUCUUUUGUCAAAUUUGAUAUGUUGCUAAUUUUGCUUUCAGGAUAUAAUUUCUGAUUCACCAAUCAUGUCAUGAUGAAACAUGUCAGUUGCUCAAACAACAUUUCCACAUGUACACAUUUCCAUAUGUACAGGGUGAUUAAAAAAAA